AUGAAUAAAAAUACAUUCAUUACUUUGGGGCUAUGGAGAUAUAAAUCUAUCUUUCUACUUACUAUCUUGAUAAGCUUCUCAAAAAGGAUUCAAUGCUAUAUAAAUAAGAGAAGUAGAUCUCAAAAAGAACUUUUGCCGCAGGUUGGAAAGUAUGAUGAAGUUGGGUUAAACAGCUUAAAUGUUAUGGAAAAGGGACCAUUAUUAUUUAAUAUAUCAAGUAUAUCUGAUACUAAAGAAUACAAAUCUGUGUUAUUUUCUGAAGAGGACUUAGUCAGUAAAUUGAAAAAUAUAAUAAAGUUCCAAAAACUUAAAGAUGAGGAAUUUUCAGAUUUAAUGGUACUAAUGAGAUCUUCCACAGUAAAUAAACAGCAAGGAAAUGUGGUAUUAGAAAAAAGUGAUGCUUCAGGAAGCUAUAAUAGUGUCUGUAAGCUCUCACCGAUGGAAUACCAAAAGUUGUCCAGAUAUUCCAAACUUCAGACUACAAUGGGAACUAGAUUGCAUCGCCAAUAUAAAACCUUUGUACCUAGAAGUCCAGAAAAAACGAUUAGAAAAGUUAACAAGCUAGAAACUAAAGGGGAUACUGCAUAUAAAACUACUGUGAAAACUCUUCAAGAUGUUAUUUAUGAGUCCAUGAAUGAAGCACGAGCCUCAAGCCUUCUAACAGAUAGAAAACUACAUGAAGCUCAAGCUGAAAGUAUAAAAGCAAGAACUGAAGGAGGAUAUGAAUCUUUGAAAGAAGAUAUAAGAGCUGCCAAAGUUAUAGCAAGAAGAAAGCUUGUGGAGUCUGGAGAAUUAGAUCUGGUAGACGAGAUUUUAAACAGUAUACAAUUAGAAAGAGAUCAUCAUGAUAAGAAUAAAGAGUUUGGAAUACAAAAAAGUAACCAGAUAGAUUUGUUAGUUCCUAUUCCACCAAAUUAUACUGAAGACUUAUCUUUAGUUGAGAAAGAUAGUGAAGAAAUUGAUACUAAACCAAUUAAAGAUAUCAACUCAGUACUUGAAGUUCAGGUCCCAGAUCUUCCUGAAGAAGUCACCUCUAUAGAGAGUAAUUCAAAAAUGCUACUCAAAAGGAAAGGGAUGCUACCACCUGGUGCUAGUAGAGAGCUGGAAGAAUUCAAAAAAAGAGGUAUAAGAGGCCAUAUGAUUGGUACUAAUCUGGAUUCAAAAGCAUCAGGUAAACUUAAUCCUAGGGAUCAUAUCUGGAAAGGAACUUCCAGUAAAUUAGAUAGUAAUUUUGUUAAACCCGAAGGAUUUUUACCCCCAUCAGCUAAGCAGCAUGUUUCCAGUAAGGAUGUACAACUGAAUACCCAUGCAUCACAUUCUAUACUAACUCCUAAGAUAGUAACACCGAAACAGCCUUUAGGUAAUGAUUUAUUGGACGAAUUUGAGCAAUAUCUACAAUCAAAGCCAAUAUAUAACGUAAAAGAUCUAUCCGAAGCACCAAAACAAUUGUCAAAUUAG